AUGUGGCACACGAGUGCCAUUUUACCGCCUAUCGCUGAAAAGAUUCCGCCACUUGAUGGGUUAAUGACGUAUGGACAUGAACCCGUCUCUCCAGAAAUGAUUGCUACAUCACCGAAUCUCAAAGCUAUCUCUGUCGUCGGGGUCGGUUAUGACCACGUUCAUGUUGAGACGUGUAGAGAACGAGGGAUCGCGGUUGGGCAUACACCGGGAAUUCUCAGUGAUACCACUGCUGAUAUGACUAUGGCACUCCUGCUCGCUACCGCUCGAAAUAUUGUCCCUGCCUAUAACCAUGUCCAAGUUUCCAAACAGUGGAAAUACUACGACCCAAACAUCCUUUGGGGGACCGAUGUGCAUCAUGCGACUUUAGGCAUUGUAGGCAUGGGACGAAUUGGGCAUGCAGUUGCCAAACGCGCAAGAGCCUUUGACAUGCGCGUCCUCUAUUACAAACGUGAACGCCGACCCGACUGGGAAGAGGAACUCGGCGUAGAAUACGUAACAUUUGAAAAUCUAUUAGAAGUCUCCGAUUUCGUGACGCUCCACGUCCCGUUGACAGAGGAAACAACGCACCUUAUCGGCGAAGCAGAACUUGCUCUGAUGAAAAAGACAGCCAUUUUAGUCAAUAUCGCGAGAGGUCCCGUCGUUGACCACUACGCUUUAUAUGACGCACUCAAGCAAGGGCAGAUUGCAGGUGCCGCUGUUGAUGUAACCGAGCCGGAACCGAUUAAUACCGACCACCCACUCCUCAGUUUGGACAAUGUUAUCGUUGCCCCGCAUCUUGGUAGUGCUACUGUUCAAACGCGGAUGAAAAUGGCGACAAUGGCGAUGGAGAAUUUGCUUGCGGGUUUAAAGGGAGAGCAAUUGCCUUAUGGUGUGCUUCAACCAAACUUUCCCCGGUAG